AUGGCAGAUAGUACCGAGGCAUCUACACCUGUCUCUGCUGUAGCAGCAGGACAAGAUCCAACUCACACAUAUGUUCCAAAUCAAGGAUAUACCCACCCUGCCACAUCAGAUGCCCCUCCAGUGACGCCAACUUCUGGCGAAAAUACAGAAUAUGCUGCAGAUAACGAAGACGAUGCAUACGAUGAUCUGUUCGAUGAGGAAGAUGAUGGUUAUGUUGACGAUGUCGAUUAUGACCCAUCCUCUGGUGAUCUCACCAAAUCCUAUAACCGUCAACGCAAGCUCAAUGACACCAGCACCACCGGCGCACCUCGAAUAAAUCCUCAGAGACCGGCUGCGAAUACCAAGGCAAGUGUCGAUGAUCAGAUCACUAGUUUGUCAAAACAUGCUGCGAAGAUUAGGUUGGAUGGCUCAUUUGAUGGAGCUCAUAAAACACACGGGAAGGAUAAAUCAGAUCGUGCGACGAGUGAACAAGUUUUGGAUCCUCGUACACGUAUGAUUUUGCUUCAGAUGAUCAAUAGAGGUGUUGUUUCCGAAGUCAAUGGAUGUCUGAGUACGGGUAAGGAGGCCAAUGUAUAUGGAGCUUUAUCGAUUCCUUCAUCGGAAGCAGAUUCGCAACCAAUUCACCGGGCGAUCAAAGUCUACAAAACUAGUAUUUUGGUCUUCAAGGAUCGUGAUCGUUAUGUUAGCGGUGAACACAGAUUCCGAUCUGGAUACAAUAAAGGAAACAACAGAGCCAUGGUCAAAGUAUGGGCCGAGAAAGAGUUCCGAAACUUAAAGCGUCUACAUUUGGCUGGCAUCCCUUGCCCAGAGCCAAUCCACCUUCGUCUACAUGUUCUUGUGAUGGGAUUCCUAGGUGACAAAAAGGGAUGGGCAGCACCAAGACUCCAAGAUGUGGAUCUCUCCGGCGAAGAUGUCGAUGAGCAGUGGCGAUUACUCUACCUACAACUCAUCGGACUUAUGCGAAGAAUGUACCAGACAUGCAAACUUGUCCACGCAGAUUUGAGUGAGUACAACGUAUUAUACCAUCAGAAAAAGCUUUUUAUCAUCGAUGUAUCUCAAAGUGUUGAGCACGAUCAUCCUCGCUCAUUAGAGUUCCUCCGAAUGGAUAUCAAGAACGUCUCGAAUUUCUUCAAGCGCAAAAAUGUUGAGGUCCUCUCCGAGCAAACUAUUUACCAAUUUAUAACUUUCCACGAUGGACCAACUCACGAACCAGGACUUAACGAAGCCCUUGAGAAGCUCAUCAUCGAAAGACCAGAAGAGGACGAAACCGAAGAGGCUGUCGCCAAACAACAAGUCGAAAAUGAAGUCUUCCGUCAACAAUACAUACCACAAACUCUGGAUCAAGUCUACGAUUUCGAGCGCGAUGCGGAAAAAGUAGGUAAAGGCGAAAGAGGCGAUCUCGUAUACCGAAAUCUGCUGGCUGCUGAUAAGAUGCCUAUGUCUUCGGGUAACGAGGCUGAUGCAGAGGAUACGAUGGGCGAUGGUACUAGCCAAGCCAGUGAUGAUGACGAGGAGGGCGACGAAGAUGGAGAAGAUGGAGACGAUGACGAUGAUGAGAAGAGAUUCGAGAAGGGUACACCAAGGGGAAAGAGAUUUGAGGAUAAGGAUAUUAAGAAGGACCACAAGAAAGCAGUCAAAGAAGAGAAACGAGAAAAGAGAAAAGACAAAAUCCCCAAACAUCUCAAGAAGAAACUCGUAAGUUCGACAGCAAAACAUAAGCAUUAA